AUUUUAACCUUUUUUUAAUGCAUUUGAUAUGUUUUCCUUAGGAUUCUCAACUAGAGAAUAAUAGCCAAAUCUCCUAAGACUGCGCUUCAAAUUCAGAUAAUCUGUGUAAUAAAACUCUCCUAUUUUGUAAUCAUUCUUUAUCAGACAGUUGUAAUAGCCUGCCUAAAAAUAAUCAUAUUGUUUGACCAUAGGUAGAACUCCUUUUUUAUACCAUUUCACAAUUUGGCAUGUCUCUGUAUACAUUAUUUUGUUAUAGCUCCUUUGCUUAUUAAAAGUGUUAAUGAAAUUCAUAAAGAUUUUUUCCUCUUUUUAAGAGGUACUGAUUGGGCAUUUGUUGGGUCGGCGGCAUCAGGGAUCCGCCGCGGCGUGUGGUCGGCGUAGUGCGGCCCCUGCUGCGCCCCCGCGGCAGGCAGAGCUCACGCUUCUGCCCCCCGACUGCUCCGGGGUCUGGGCACCGCGUCGACGGCGGCCCCGCAGGACGCGCAGACCGGGCCGCAGCCCAUGCCCCGAGCGGACUGCAUUAUGAGGCAUCUGCCGUACUUCUGCCGGGGCCAAGUGGUGCGGGGCUUCGGCCGCAGCUCCAAGCAGCUGGGCAUCCCCACAGCUAAUUUUCCUGAGCAAGUAGUAGAUAAUCUUCCAGCUGAUAUAUCCACUGGCAUUUACUAUGGUUGGGCCAGUGUUGGAAGUGGAGAUGUCCAUAAGAUGGUGGUGAGCAUAGGAUGGAACCCAUAUUACAAGAAUACGAAGAAGUCUAUGGAAACACAUAUCAUGCAUACCUUCAAAGAGGACUUCUAUGGGGAAAUCCUCAAUGUCGCCAUUGUUGGCUACCUGAGACCAGAAAAGAACUUUGAUUCUUUAGAGUCACUUAUUUCAGCAAUUCAAGGUGAUAUUGAAGAAGCUAAGAAACAACUAGAUUUACCAGAACAUUUGAAAGUCAAAGAAGACAAUUUCUUCCAGGUUUCUAAAAGCAAAAUAAUGAAUGGCCACUGAUGAAAAAUCAUAUUUAUUCAUUCACUGUUUUCUAGUGUUUCUGUGUUUAUUACUGUCCAGCCUCGUCUUGGUUAUAUACUAAAAAUCAAACACUUUGCUACAGUUGUGAAUUAGUUUGAACAGUACAACGUAGUUACCAUAUCAUGCUUCAACUGUUAAAUUAAGGCCAUCAUGUCAUAGCACGAAAAAGGUUCAGUUAAAAAAUCGAGAUUUAAAAAAUAUAUAUUGAUUAAAAUGUACCACUAGAAAGGUAUUACAUGUGUGUGAGUAUGGGUAAAAAAGCAAGUCACUAGUUGGAGAUGAAAAUUAAAAUUUUCAUGAUAAAAUACCAGCAUAUAUGUACUUGUAUAGUGUGUACUUCUAAACAGAGAAGGCUUAUAAAAGUAAAUGCAUUAAGGCCAAGUGCAGUGGCUCACACCUGUAAUCAGUCCGAGCACUUUGGGAGGCUGAGGUGGGAGGAUUGCUUGAGCUCAUGAGUUCAAGACCAGUCUGGGCAACAUAGCGAGACCCCAUCUCUAUAAUAAAAAAAAAAAAAGGAAAUGCAUUAAAUAAAAGGUUGAUAGUUUAUCAUAAACCUGUGAGAAAGAAACUCAGACUUUGUAUUUUGGUAUUUUGGGCAUUAAUACAUUACAAACAUGAAGAUGUUUAUAAAAUUUUGUUUUAGUCAUUUUCUUUACAGUCACAUUGUACCACCUUCAUUAUUGUAUAGAGCUGCUUCAGUUCUGAGUCCUCUGGACUUCCCCUGCCUGUUUUUUGUUGCCAUUGAAGACAGUAAAAUAUGUGUUUUCAAAUCUAUAU